UCCCAUAAGCCCAUACACCGUUUCACUGCUUACGAAAUGUGUUGGCCGACGAAGUAUCACAGAGUUACUGGAAGUAAGAGUCGUGGUUCAUUAAGCAACACAGGUGUAAUAAUAAAAGUCAAUGUGGAUCUGCGUAAAGGAUAUACCCUGUCUCUGACGCCAGUCUGUCCGCUUAUCUCCAGAGCCAGCAGAAUGCCUGAGGGUCCAGAGCUGCACCUGGCUAGUUUGUUUGUCAACAGGAUGUGUAGGGGGGUGGUUUUCACUGGCCCUGUACAUAGGUCAGAGGUCAGUAAGAACCCUCAGGUUCCCUUCUGCUGUCCGGCCUACACCAUUACCGCCACCUCCAGAGGCAAGGAGGUCCGCCUCACACUUAGCCCGCUGAAGAGUGAUCCCUCCCUGGGGAGCAGCAGGCGGGUGAAAGCUGGCAAGGCUGACCAGGAGCAGUCCAUGGAUGUGGUAUUCCGUUUUGGGAUGUCUGGCUUUUUCCGCUUCACCACAGCGGAUGAGCUUCCUAAACACGCUCACCUGAGGUUCUACACCAAUGAAAAGCCCAGUAGGGUGCUGAGCUUUGUCGAUGCCCGCCGCUUUGGUAGCUGGCAACCCUCCGGGACCUGGCAAGCUGACAGAGGACCCUGUGUCAUGUUUGAAUAUCAGAGCUUCAGGGAAAAUGUCCUGUCCAAUCUGAAUGACCGAGCAUUUGACCGGCCAAUCUGUGAGGUUCUGUUGAACCAGAAGUACUUCAAUGGCAUUGGCAAUUACCUGAGAGCUGAGAUACUGUUCAGACUAAACAUCCCUCCCUUUGUGAAGGCCCGUACUGUGUUGGAAGUACUUCAAUCUGAGGAUCUGGGUGAAGAGAAGUCCACCUACAUGGAGGUCAAAGAGGAGGUCCCAGACAUGAAUAUCACCAACGCUGAGAUAUCUAGUAGAACUACUGUGAAGGAGGAGACAGACGUGGAGAAACUGAAAGAGGAGGUGACUGAGACUGACCUCCUCAGUCUGUGUAACUCUGUUCCCCUGGAGGUUAUCAAACUAGGUGGUAAAGGUUACGACCCAGAGAAGAAUGACUACUCUGAGUUUAAGGCGUGGCUCCGAUGUUACUAUGUGGAAGGGAUGAGGUCCAUCCGAGAUCACAACGGCAGGACCAUAUGGUUCAAGGGAGAUCCAGGUCCCUUGACUCCAAAAGUUUCCAAAUCUCCCAAAGCAAAGAAGAGAUUGAAGAAUGAGGACGUUGCAGGAAAGAAAAAGAUAAUAAAGGCAGACAGCACUGAGAAUGCAAUGAAAGCAAAACCUGUCAAAAAGGAAGUCCCUCAAAGGCAGACGGAGGGGAAGUCUGUGACAGAUUUCCAGGAAGUGCGUGUGGAGACCACUGGGCGGAGGAUCAGCAGCCCUGGAGCCCCACUGAGGCGCAGUGGGAGGAAGACCAGGAGUAGUGCCUUGCUGUAAAAAAACAUCAUUCACUUUGCAAGUAGGAAAAAACAUGGGCCCAAUUAAAUCAGAUCAACCACAAGAAGAGUGUGAGAUCUGUCAAAUCCACACUGUGCAGUAAUGCUGGUUACACCACCAAAAAUAAAUUUCCCUAACAGAAAAAAGUUUCUGCAAUGUAGAAUUAAGAGACGCCAUGUGUGUUAGGUGAUAGACACUGGGAUCAUAGAUGGUGCCAGGAGUCUAAUGCAUUCCUAAGCUUUUUUAGCCAAUGUUAUGUGAAUAAGCGUUUCAUACAAUGUAAUAAAAUGUUUUGUAUAAUUUU